AUGUUUGAAAUGUGUCUAAAAAACCCACUCUUUUAUCCCUUUUGGUCAGGUGAGAGGAUCCUGGGCUAUGCAGAGGAACCUUGCUACCUGUGGUUUGUCAUGGAGUUCUGUGAAGGGGGAGACCUCAACCAGUACGUGCUGUCCCGAAGGCCCGACCCAGCCACCAACAAGAGCUUCAUGCUGCAGCUGACCAGUGCCAUUGCCUUCCUGCACAAGAACCACAUUGUCCACCGGGACCUGAAGCCAGACAACAUCCUGAUAACUGAGAAAUCUGGCACCCCUGUGCUCAAGGUGGCAGACUUUGGGCUGAGCAAGGUCUGUGCUGGCCUGACUGCUCGGGGCAAGGAGGGUGCGCAUGAGAACAAAAAUGUGAAUGUGAACAAGUACUGGCUGUCCUCAGCCUGUGGCUCUGACUUCUACAUGGCACCCGAGGUGUGGGAGGGGCACUACACUGCCAAGGCUGACAUCUUCGCCCUCGGCAUCAUCAUCUGGGCCAUGAUUGAGAGGAUCACUUUCAUUGAUGCCGAGACCAAGAAGGAGCUGCUGGGGACUUACAUCAAGCAGGGGACCGAGAUUGUGCCCGUUGGGGAAGCGCUGCUAGAAAACCCAAAGAUGGAGCUGCACAUCCCUCAGAAACGCAGGACUUCCAUGUCUGAGGGGAUCAAGCAGCUCCUGAAAGACAUGUUGGCUGCUAACCCGCAGGAUCGACCUGAUGCCUUUGAGCUUGAAACCAGAAUGGACCAGGUUACAUGUGCUGCUUAAAUUCAGGGCAGGGCACCGCUGUGCUUUGCAGCUGGAUUUAUUUACCAGGGACCCAUAAUCUCCAUUAUUUACGUGCAACAAGGAAGUCAAAGAUAAGGGAAGAUGAUGAUACAGAAGAUCCCUGGUCUGCAGGAUCUCUGGCAAUGUGAAAUAUUUGGGUGUUACUUUUUGUGUUGGGAAGGGGUGUUGUGGGGGUGUGGGAGGGGGCUUCAGGGGCCUGUGGAAAAACACAAGCUGGCAGCUGUCACACUCAUGAGACUUUGAAACAAGAUCCAGAGAGCAGAGCUGCCUUUGCCCAGCCCUCCCUAUGUCUCCUGUGCUGCUGUUUGACUCAGUAGAUGUUUCUAAGAAUGUGGUUUCAUAAAGAAGUGGGAACCAGCAGCCUGGUAGUGAGGUGUGCUGCCAGGCACCAGCUCCAAGUCUGGCUGGUCACAGUUUUGGGUUCAAAGCUAUUGAUUUUGCCUAGGGAAAAUGGGAGCAAAGUGGUGGCAAGGUUUGCAUUGGGAGUGCAGUGCUUUAGGAAAAAUAAAUCUCUUGGACCACAUCUUGCAAACAGCUAAAUAACUUCAUAACAGGCAGCUCCUGAAUAGGUGGUGCUGCCCAGGCUUGUGAGCAGCUGACAUUAGGAUAGAGUAGGAUAAACAAGCUGGAAAGCCAUUUGUCAAAGCAGGUCUUCCCAAGCUGGAUUUUAUGAUCAUCUUUGUUACUGUCUUUCUACAUAGAGGGAACUGGGGAGCUGCUGAGUACAUUUUCAGGUUGAUAUCAUCCAAGAGAAACAGAAAGCAGUCCACUGCUCUGAUCCAUUUAAUGCCAAACUUCAGUCGAUAGGAACAAUGCUGUGGAGAGAAGGAGGUUUGGCCUUAAUGGGUCAUGGGCUGGAUUCUAGCCUCCCACAGGACACUUUUUUCCUGCUAGCUAAUGAUCUCCAGGAAGCAAAAGGCAAUGCUGCAGUUCAGGGUGUGUUACAGUACAGCUCAGGUCAGGAGAUUGGAACCUCAGGCUGAGCAGUUAAUACUCAUAGCAAAACUCCUAUUCUCGGGCUGCCCUGUGUUGAUGAUCUUUAGACUUUGCUCACUGUAAAUGCAAUGUAAAGCACCACCUCUUCUCCACCCUGCAGCUUCUGAACCACCUAAAUUGUUUCUCAGCAGGUGAAAUCACCCAGCAGUGGUUUGAGAAGUGGGCUGGUCUGACCCAGCAUCACUCCUGAGCAGUCUGGAGCUGGCCAUGGGUAGGAAAGGGUCAGCCUGGCCCCUUCAUCCCUGGCUGUGGGAACUGCUGGCCUACAGCUUUCCUCUGACAUCACUGGAAGGUUCCUAACUGAAAGCACCUCCCUGUAUCUCCUCAGUGUACUAUGCUGACCUCACAGGAGUGAAUGGCAAAGGAGGAAAUUCAGGUGGGCUCAGGCAGAGCAGGGAAAGGAUGGAGAGGCUUCUUUCUUCUCUUCCAUCUAUUCCAGGACACAAAGCUAGAGCUGUGGCUGCAGGAAGGCCUGGUCCUUCUUAGGAGGACCAGGAGGCUCUAGACUGGUUGUCUGUGACUUGUGAAGGUUUGGACAGCACAAAUGCACUGCCAAGCCCUUGUUCUCACACCGUGCUUGUGUUUGUCCCUAGGGAUGCUUCUGUGGGCUGUCACUGGGUGGGAUUCCUCCAGCUUCCUGUGCUGCAUCCCACAGGAAGGGGAGAGUGAACCAUUUAGCUCACAAGUGCAGUGUUAGUGCCCUGAUCACUGGACCAUCCUUCCUCCACCUGGCAGAGCCUUUGCUCCUGACUGUUACAGCUGUUCUAACCAAACCCUGGCCUGAAUGGGUGCAGUAAGAGGGCAGGAGGUGAAGCUGGAAGGCAGUGAGUGGAUUGCCCUGUUCUUCUCAGGACAGGAGUGAGUCCAGCAGGCCCUGGGAGGGUCAGCCCUCUUGGUCCACUGCUAUUUCAGGCCAUCUUCAAACCACACGUCUCCACCUCAGCUUUUGCAUUGCAGAUGUGUUUUUCAAGCAGCUUGAUGUUAGUGAGCUAGACCGUAGUGCCUUACUUAGGAUUUAGCAAACACUUCCAAGGAGGGGUCCUAGGGCUGCUAGCCUUUGGCCAACAUGGAUGUUUCCCUGAUUAGUUUGUCCUUUUAAGAUCAUUUCUCUCUGAUUUUGCUGCUGUUUGUGCUCAACUCCCCAGACUAUACAGGAACCUUGUGUUUACAGCUCCCUACAUCUCUCCUUCAGUUACCUUGGCCCAGACCAGCACUUCCUCUAGAACAAGGUGGCAACAGAGAACAGCACAAACCUGCAUAUGCUGUGGGAUGGAGAAUGUUUAAGCUUCUCUUCCCAGGUGGGUCUAUUGGGGCUCACCAGCCCAGCUCCUGCAGGCCAAACUUCUUCCUCUGCUGUGGAUGUUUGGCACUAAGGUGCACCGCUGGGAAAAUCCAAGUUGAAGAAAGCAGCAUCGAGCCUGUGGCCCAUUUCCCAGCCCAGGGCCAUGCUGUCUGUCUCUUCCUGGAUGCAGUGAAGCUGAGCAUCCAGGUGCUGGGGGUAGCUGGUUAGUCUGGGGGGAGCUAAGCCCCCCUUGCAGAACUCUCUGGGCUCGUGUGGCCCUAGAUGGUGUCCACACCAGGAGAGUGAUUGUAUGAAACUGUUUACUUCUGAUUUUGCUGUUUACAAGAGGGAUGUGGGGUGGGUGGGGGGAAUAAGCCAAGCCUCAGGAGGAUUGGGCAACGUGUUAUCUGCACCAGCCUGCAGCAAGGCCAACACCACCGGCAUCAUGCAGGUGUCACGGGGAUCUCCCAGCCAGCUUUGGUCCAUUGGGAGGAAAGCAGUGGUGGCUCUAGCCUAGAGGGGUUAGAUUAGCUCCCCUAUAUCCCCUUGCUGCUGUGUUUGAGGUUCAGCAGUGCUAGUGACAGAUAAGAGUUACCCCUGUGGUCUUCCUUUACUCCUCAGGACCCAGCUCCUUCACAUAUCACAGGCUCACAGAGCCUUUCUGGAGCAAUAAGAUGUAAAACAAGCAUUACCAUCGUGGAAAUCCUCCGUUGUGUGCAGUGUCAGUUUCCUCCGUAUGCAGUACGAGUCUGGGUUUAAGCCUGCCAAGUGUCACAGGGUAUCUGCUGCAGGACACAAACUGGGAUUUGUUUCCCUGGGCUUUCUGCAGGUCAGGAGAACAGGGAAACGUGCUGCUGCUUUCCUUCCUUACCCCAGACCUGUGCUGCCCAAGCCUCACACUACAGCUGCCCGGAGCAAGGGUACUCCUGGUCCCCUUUUUGGCAGUGCUGGCAUGAGAGGGGUGAGUGGAGCUCAGCACCAUGCUCCACUCCUCACAGCCCCAUCCCAUCAGCCAGGGCAGCACUGGGAAAGCAGAGCUCCCAUUUCCUUUGCAUCAGGAUGCAGCCAAUGCUUGGGAUGCAGUACUUCUCUUCCCAAUGCAUACUGGCAUGGGAAGAGUUGUGCUGGUGGCUCCUGUGCUCCCCAGCUGCUUACAGGCACAUCCAGCAUGUGGGUCCUUUAAGUCCAGAAGCAUUUCACACUUCAGGGCAGGGUGUCUGGGGUGGUGGAUGUAGCUGGAAGGGAAGUGCAGGGAGCUGCUCUCUUCCAGCUGUGAUCUGCCAGAUCAUUUCUCUGCAGCCUGCCCAAGUGCUUUUAGCCCUGAGGGUGUGU